GCGUUUUUUCUACAUGUUUUGUUUUCUGAUCAAAAUGGGAAAUUCUUCAACUCAACCAAAACCUCAAUUGUUUUCUUUUCGUCAACAGAUUUGGAAAGAAAAAGGCUGGAAACGUUUAAUCAUCCAAGUUCAAAAUUACUGAAAUCAUAAGACGCUGAACGUGUGACAAACUAUCGUUGAUUUAGUUACGCAAGGCAAUCGAGCCGUUGGUAUUAAGGGAGAUAGAGGUGAGAAAAGCCUGAAUAGAAGUACGAGCUUUGAGUUGUUCCGGAAGACCAAGUAAUUCCGAAGACUGAAGAAAGAUCCCCAAUUGUUGCUCGAACACAACAAAAAUGAAGUGGCAAUCUCAAAAUUAGCCAACAAGACGUUUAUGAUAAUAACCAAAUGCAAGCCGUCGAGCAGAACCAGAAUCAAGUGGCUGCAGCAGAAGCAAUUGAACCGAAUGGCGAGCCUCAACCGUCGGUCUUCAAAUUGGACACCGAUUGCUGGGACGAAGUACUCGAUUGCCUGUCGUUGGAGGAUGUGCACUCGUUUGGUCAAACGUGCAAGGCUUUUCACCGUGUCACCGGCAAAUAUUUUCAAUGGAAAUACGUGAGUGCUUUAGCUUAUUGCUACGAAGAUGGCAUUUACAUCAAUGACAAAAGAAUGGAUGGUUUCGAUGAAUUCGUCCAACAAAUUUCGUUUUAUGGUGUCACACUCAAUUCAGCGUUUCAUUACGUUGAAACCAACUGCAAAGCCGAAAUCAAGCAGCUCAGUUUUUCCGAUGUUGAUCUUAAUCAGGACAUCAAGACAAUCGAGAAACGUUUGGAAAAGAUCGACAGCUUGGCGCUACUGUGCUGCAAAUUCGAUGAAGACAUUUGGCAAACGCUUUUCGAAUCGUGUACAAACUUGAAGCGACUAAUAUUUUGGACCUGCAUUGAUGAAUCAUUUGCUUGGCCAGUUCGAAAACACCCGACACUCGAACACUUGGAAUUGUAUACGUUUGGCUCAUUUGAUGGUGAAAGAAUUAAAUUGAAGAAUUUUUUCAACCAAUUCCCAAAUCUCCGAAGCCUUCAAAUCGAUGCAAAUGUGCAAUGUGAUAGUCAAGAUUUAAUUUCCGCUGCCAACGUUGAUGACAUGGCUAUUGAUAUGAACAAAGACAUCGAUACCACCAUUAGUUUCUUGAAUGAUAUUCAUCAGCGGGGCUUCUUCAAAAGGUUGCAUUUAAAAUGGGAUUGGGAAGACGGCGUGCCUUCAGCUGAACAAUUACUUUCGUUGCCCGGACUCGUUACACUGUACAUUUUUCCGUACGGAAAUGAAAAUCCCGAAUUUCCCGUUUUGCCCAGCAUCAAAGAGCUUGGUAUCAGCUUUUGCAUUGGUAUACCCAUCAACACGGAUGCCGUGGCCACCAGUUUCAUCAACCUGGAGCAGCUUUUCAUCACCGGCCCACACGAUUUGCUGCCGUUCAUUCGUCGAUCAGCAAAAUUAAGAGACGUUGAAAUCGCUGAAUUCGAAGGAGAAGCUCUCGACAUCGCUGCACUGAACAAGGAACGCAAAAAGUUGGCGGGUGCACGCAAGGUGACCAUUUAUGUCAAUGAACGUGUUUAUUUGGCAACAAAAUGGGCAACAACAGAUACCUCGUUGGAACUGAUCGAAUUAAAACGUCAACAAUCACGCGACAUCGUUCGUCCGCACAGCUUUUGGCGAAGAUUCCGACGGCUUGAUUAGUUUAUCAACUUUUUUUUAUAAUCCCAGAAAAUAAAUAGUAAACACCAUCUAAGAGCUUCUCAACAAAUCCAUUACCGCUGAACUAAAAAUCUGCUGUCAUUUAGAUUAAUCGUAAGAUGGAAUUUCCUGAUUUUUUUCUGGAUACUUCAAUAUCUUCAUGAUUUCAAAAAAAAAAAUUACGGUUUUCUGAAUAGAUUCAAAAUAGCAAAUAAAUGUUACCAAUUCUAUCAGAAUGUGUUUCUGUUCAAUAUCUUUUCUAUGUGACAAUUUGGUCAGUUUUACAGUGAGACACAGUAUCACCUUGAAUUCGGCGUGGUAAUUGCAU